AUGCUCAUCUUCAGUCUGCAUGAUCCUGACCAUUCACAGGACCUCGUCCGAACUCUUCGAGGUUGUGUUUCCACAGAUAUCGAGGUUCACUUUCACGAUGAUACAGGCUCUGCUGUUGCGAACGCUUUUUCUGCCCUUGAAGCUGGCGCUACACACGUUGACACAUCCAUACUCGGCAUUGGAGAACGAAACGGCAUCACUGCACUUGGAGCUCUCAUGGCUAGAAUGAUGCCCACCUCCAGAGACUACAUUCUCUCCAAGUACAAGCUACACGAACUCAAGAAGAUCGAAGAUUUCGUCGCAGAAUGCGUUGAGAUCAACGUGCCAUUCAACAACCCAAUCACCGGCUUCUGCGCAUUCACCCACAAGGCCGGCAUCCACGCCAAGGCAAUCCUCAACGACCCCUCCACGUACGAGAUCCUCAAGCCCGAAGAUUUCGGUCUAUCAAGAUACGUGCACUUCACGUCACGACUCACCGGCUGGAACGCCAUCAAGAGUCGUGUUGACCAACUUGGUCUCAAGAUGACAGACGACCAGGUCAAGGAGUGUACGGCUAAGCUCAAGAGCAUGGCUGAUCUCAAGGUGAUGACACUUGAUGAGAGCGAUUCCUUGAUCAGAAGCUUUCACUUGGAACUACAAAAUGAAAAUGGAGCAUAG